CUGGGAUGUGGAAUAUCUAACGGCAAAAGUGUAUAAGUAGCCAAGAAACUCGCGAUAAUUCAGACGAUUUUUUCCCUUCUUCUCCAUCCCGUUCUCAACACUCAAAGCAUCCGCUUCAUUUUUUCUUCAUUCCAUCUCUUUGCUCUACUUCGUGUUCAAACCCUGGUGGCCGGUCUACCGUUUAAUUAAAUCACUCGUUUUCAUCGAUCCAGUGGACGUUCAUUGAACAAUUUCAGCUUUCGCCUUUUCUCAAACCAGUCAAAAUGAAGUUCAUCAACAUCCUCGUUCUCGCUACCGCCGCCUCCGCGCUGGUGAUGCCUCGUCACCACGCCGGUCAGAAGGCUAACGGCGGCAACAAUGUUGCAGCUGCCGGUGCCAACGGCGCCAAUGCAAAUGGUGCUAAUGCCAAUGCGGCGAAUGUCAACGCUGCCGCCGCCGGUGCCAAUGCCGGCAAGGCUGCCAAGGCCGGCAAAGCCGCUAAGGCUGCUAAGGCCGCUGCCGCCGCUGGCAAUGCUAAGCGACACCAUGCCGGACAAAAAGCCAACAAGGGCGCUAAGGGUGCGAAGGCUGCCAAGGCCGCCGACGCCGCGGCCGGUGCUAAUGCCAAGCGACACCACGCUGGACAGAAGGCCAAGGGAGCGAAGGAUGCGAAGGCGAAGGGCAACAAGGCCGCCGCCAAAGCUGCUGCUGCUUCUUCCGCCGCUGCUGCCGCCGCCGCCGCUACCUCCGCUGCUGCUGUCGCAGCUUGUAAGUACACCUUGCUCUACUCCACAAUGGUGAAAGAGGCUAACCGGGUUUUGUAGAAAUUUAAUAGCCUCCCGCAUACGCUAGCUACGAGGUGUGGAUUCUUGGAUUUACUGGGGCCCACAAUGAUUCUCGGGUUGUCGACCUAGUGUUGGACAAACAUCUCGGGAUGUUCAUAGGAAACUAUAGAUUAGUGCGCAUGAGCAGAGUGUACAUACAAUAAGGAAUGAAGAUAAUGGGCGAGAUCGUCUACUGGAUAUUUUGACCUGUCCCUUCGAAAUACGUGCGUUCUUGC